AUGUUGGAUAAGUUCAAACACUUGCACUUUAAGGAAGCAAACACUCAAUUUGAUCCUAGUGUCAAACUUCAAAAGAACAAUGGAAGAAUUGUAGCACAAUUAGAACAUGCAAGUGCAAUUGGAUGUCUAAUGUAUUUAGUGCAAUGCACCAGACCUGACAUAGCAUUUGUAGUUAGUAAGAUGAGUAGAUUUACUAGAAAUCCAAAUGCUAAACAUUGGAAGGCCAUAACUAGGAUUUUCGGUUACCUCUUAAAGACUAAAAAUCUUGGCCUUCAUUAUGGUAGGUUUCAUGCCAUACUAGAAGGAUAUAUCGAUGUGAUAUGUAUAUCGAGUGUUGGAGAUCAUAAAUCUACUACUUGGUGGAUAUUUAAAUUAGCUGGAGGUGCGAUUACUUGGAAGAGCAAGAAACAAACAUGUAUUUCUCUUUCAACCAUGGAAUUAGAGUUUAUGGCUCUUGCUUUCGCUGGUUAA